AUGCUGCGAAACACAAAGAGCACCAUUUAUGCGCUCUCUUCCGCCUCGGGAAGGGCCGCUGUCAGCAUCAUUCGAGUCAGUGGACCAGACACCAGUACCGUCUACAAGCAGUUGACCAACAGGACUAAGACGCCUCCUCAUCGUGUAGCUACCCUUGCUACGUUGAAGCAGCCGUUUUCCAACCCUCCAAAGGUCUUGGAUCAUGCCCUUACUCUCUUCUUCAACGGUCCAAAAUCAUACUCAGGAGAAGAUCUGCUGGAACUUCAUGUCCAUGGAGGUCCAGCAGUCGUGCGAGCUGUUUUGGACUCCAUUCAGCGUGUGAAACCCAGCAGUGGAGUUCCUAUCCGGUACGCUGAGCCAGGAGAGUUCUCAAAGCGUGCCUUUUACAACGGAAAGCUUGAUAUGACCCAAAUCGAAGGAAUCGGAAGCAUGAUUGAAGCUGAAACAGAGAGUCAACGUCAGGCAUCGUUAGAAGCAUCGUCUGGACACAGCAAAAAGGUCUAUGAAGCCUGGAGAGAAGGAAUUGUGGAGAACAUGGCGUUGUUAACAGCUCUGAUCGACUUCUCAGAUGACAACCAGGGUAUAGAUAGUGGUGAGGUUCUGGUGGGAAAGACAAAAGAGAAUGUUGGUCGUCUGCUAAAGGAUAUCAAGAAUCAUCUGGCUCAAGUUCAGCGGUCUGAGAUUCUGCGGUCGGGUAUCGUCAUGUCCCUUCUUGGAGCGCCCAAUGCCGGAAAGUCGUCUCUACUCAACAUUUUGGCUAAACGGAACGCUGCUAUAGUUUCAGAAGAAGCAGGAACUACUCGUGAUGUUGUGGAGAUUGGUCUGGAUGUGGCUGGAUACAAGGUAGUUCUUGGAGACACUGCAGGACUAAGAGGAGGAGAACAAGUAGGCAUGGUGGAAAAGGAGGGAAUCAAAAGAGCAAGAGAACGGUUCCAGAAAAGUCACAUGAUUAUGGCUGUUCUCCCCGCUGAUGGUUGUGACCACAGCAGCGACAUCAUUGCUGAGCUCAAACAAUUGCAUGCUGCAGAGAAGCAAAUAGUCGUGGCUAUCAACAAGACUGACCUGGUUGAGGAUCAUGUGGUUGAAGCUUUUAAAAACAGACUCAUGGAAGAGAUCGGUCUGCCUCGCGAUUCCAUCAUUCCGGUCAGUUGUAUUGCCAGCUCUGGUCUCGAGACUCUCCUCGCUAAGCUGUCCUCUGAAUUCUCCAAAAUUACUACAAUUGAAGGCUCGGAUCCCGUGCUUGCCAGUCAGCGAGUCAAGGACAAUCUGAUCGCCACAGUAAUCCCCGCGUUGGAGACAUUCAUGGAGUAUGAUCUAGAAGCCGUUGUCUUUGCCACAGAAGAGCUGAGAAUGGCAGCAGAAGGAAUCGGUAUGAUUACUGGCCAGGGUAUUGGCAUUGAAGAGGUUCUCGGGGCUGUUUUCAGCAAGUUUUGUAUUGGAAAGUAA